AUGGCAGGCAGAGCGGGCUAUCCGCAAAACCAAUCGCACCGAAACGACGACCUGUUAGGCCUGGACGAGGACGACGAUGGGCUCAUCUAUAGCUCGGGUCGACCACCGCCCACCUCAGACGACCGCAUACUACACGACUACGACACAUCGAAUUCGAGUAGUGCUCAGGGCCGAAUAAGCACAACACAUGACGACUUUGUCGGCUCCCAAACACUUCACCCCACGACAUCCUUACCAGGCGGGCCAGGACAGCAACAUGACCUUGCGACACCUCCACGGAUGGGUGAUCAUGGUCGCAACUACUCCCAGACCUCCGGGUUGAACAACUACCAGCGCUAUUCCGACAUGGACCCCGAGCGGUUCUCCGACGGCGAGUCCAUGGCCGGUGGGUAUUAUGCCGCGGGCGGGAACAUUGACGAGGACGCAGUGCCAGGCAUACCGAUUCAGCAUGGGAAGGGCAACCACAGGAGUCGCAACAGUAUUAUGAGCUUGGGUGGAGGUAUCAUGGGAAGAGCGAAGAACAUGCUUGGCAUGGGACCGGAGUAUAGUGAAAUGGACCUGCCCUUGACAGAGACGGGAGCGCAUCGGACAGUGGGCAGUGGUGGGGUUGACAGUCUUCAAGACUCCGCUCCGCAGCAGCGCAAGACUCCCGGGUCCAAGUUCAAGUUUGGCCUGCCCGGCCGCGGCAAGCCUGACGCAUCGACUCUCGGGCCUCGUAUCAUACACCUGAACAACCCACCUGCUAAUGCGGCGAACAAGUACGUGGACAACCAUGUCUCGACGACAAAGUACAACGCCAUCACCUUCCUACCCAAAUUCCUGUUCGAGCAGUUUAGCAAGUACGCCAACUUGUUCUUCUUGUUCACUGCAAUCCUGCAGCAGAUUCCGAAUAUCAGCCCGACGAAUCGAUACACCACAAUCGUGCCUCUUGGGAUCGUUUUACUGGUGUCUGCGGGAAAAGAAGCAGUGGAAGAUAACAGGCGGAGGUCGCAGGACAGCCAACUGAACAGGAGCCCUGCGCGUGUGUUGAGAGGGUCAAGCUUCCAGAACGUGAGAUGGAUCGAUAUCAAAGUUGGGGAUAUUAUUCGGGUGGAGUCUGAGGAACCCUUCCCCGCUGAUGUGGUCUUGUUGGCUUCGUCCGAACCUGAAGGUCUGUGUUAUAUCGAAACAGCGAACCUGGACGGCGAAACGAACCUCAAGAUUAAGCAAGCUAUCCCGGAAACUUCACAUCUCGUCUCGUCCGCAGAGCUCUCGCGGCUGGGUGGACGGGUCCGCAGCGAACAACCCAACAGCAGCCUGUACACAUACGAGGCGACCCUGACAAUGCAAUCGGGAGGUGGUGAGAAAGAGCUUCCGCUCGCUCCUGAUCAACUACUCCUGCGAGGAGCCACCCUCAGGAAUACUCCCUGGAUCCAUGGCAUCGUUGUCUUCACUGGCCACGAAACCAAGCUUAUGCGCAAUGCUACAGCCACGCCUAUCAAGCGUACCAACGUGGAGCGCAGAGUCAAUACUCAAAUUCUCAUGCUUGGUGGAGUCUUGGUCAUCCUGUCCAUCAUCUCGUCUGUCGGCGAUAUCGUCGUGCGCAAGACAAUAGGCCCUAACCUGUGGUUCUUGGAAUACGUCCCAGUGAACUCCGCGCAGCAGUUCUUCAGUGACAUCUUCACCUACUGGAUUCUUUACUCUAACCUGGUGCCCAUUUCGCUGUUCGUGACAGUGGAGAUUAUCAAGUACUACCAGGCUUUCUUGAUCAGCAGUGACUUGGACAUUUACUACCCAGAGACGGACACUCCAGCGAAUUGCAGGACAAGCUCUCUCGUUGAAGAGCUCGGUCAAGUUGAAUAUAUCUUUUCAGACAAGACCGGUACCUUGACCUGCAAUAUGAUGGAGUUCCGCCAGUGCACUAUCGGAGGAUUACAGUAUGCUGACGAGGUACCUGAAGACAGGAGGGUCGUUCAAGGCGAGGAAGGAGGCAAUGGCAUCUAUGACUUCAAAGCGCUCGAGCAGCAUCGGAGAGGCGGCAACAACAUAGAGGGUAUACACCAAUUCCUCAGCCUUCUAUCGACAUGUCACACGGUCAUUCCAGAGACCAAUGCCGAGAAGCCAGGGAAGAUCAAGUAUCAGGCCGCGUCACCCGACGAAGGCGCGCUUGUCGAGGGUGCUGUACAGCUCGGCUAUAAGUUCGUGGCUCGUAAGCCAAAAAUGGUCACUAUUGAAGUUGGUGGCCAGGAGUACGACUACGAGCUCCUGGCAGUCUGCGAGUUCAAUUCUACCAGGAAAAGGAUGAGCUGUAUCUACCGCUGCCCGGACGGCAAGAUCAGGUGCUAUUGCAAAGGUGCUGACACCGUAAUUCUGGAGAGACUUGGGUUUCGAGACGAAAUGGUUGAGAAGACAUUGCUACAUCUCGAGGAGUAUGCGUCCGAAGGGUUGCGAACGCUAUGUUUGGCCAUGCGCGAGAUUCCAGAAUCAGAGUUUCGCGAGUGGUACGAUGUCUUCAACACUGCCGCCACGACCGUCAGUGGCAACCGAGCUGAAGAGCUCGACAAAGCUGCCGAGAUCAUUGAGCACGAUCUCCAGUUGUUGGGUGCAACUGCCAUCGAAGACAAGCUCCAGGAUGGUGUGCCAGACACAAUCCAUACCCUGCAGACCGCCGGCAUCAAGGUAUGGGUGCUCACCGGAGACAGACAAGAAACAGCCAUCAACAUCGGCAUGUCCUGCAAGCUCAUCAGCGAAGAUAUGACCCUACUUAUCGUCAAUGAAGAGAACGCAGCAGACACCAGAGCCAAUAUCCAGAAGAAACUGGACGCUAUCAACUCCCAACGAGCUGGCGGCAUCGAGAUGGAAACACUCGCGCUGGUCAUCGACGGCAAAAGUCUUACCUUCGCACUUGAAAAGGAUCUUGAGAGGCUCUUCCUGGACCUCGCGGUCACCUGCAAAGCGGUCAUCUGCUGUCGUGUAUCGCCAUUGCAGAAAGCUCUGGUCGUCAAGUUGGUCAAGCGGCACAUGAAGAGUAUUCUGCUGGCCAUUGGAGAUGGUGCCAACGAUGUCUCUAUGAUCCAAGCAGCUCAUAUUGGCAUCGGUAUAUCUGGUGUCGAAGGUCUUCAGGCAGCACGCUCAGCCGACGUGUCGAUCGCUCAGUUCCGAUUUCUCCGGAAGCUAUUGCUGGUGCACGGUGCUUGGUCCUAUCAGCGCAUCAGCAAGGUCAUCCUUUACUUCUACUACAAGAACACUGCGCUCUUCAUCACGCAGUUCUGGUACUCUUUCCAGAACGCCUUCUCCGGACAAGUCAUCUACGAAUCCUGGACAUUGUCCUUCUUCAACGUCAUUUUCACUGCCAUGCCUCCUUUCGUCUUGGGCAUCUUCGAUCAAUUUAUCAACGCGCGAUUGCUCGAUCGAUAUCCACAGCUGUAUCAGCUGAGUCAAAAGGGCAUCUUCUUCCGUACGCACAAUUUCUGGAGCUGGGUUGGAAACGGGUUCUUCCAUUCUCUUGUACUCUACUUCGUCAGCGAAGCCAUCUACUGGCGAGAUGGCGUCCGCUCUGAUGGCAAAAUCGAAGGUCAUUGGGUUUGGGGAACAGCUUUGUACACCGCUGGCUUGGUGACAGUGCUGGGAAAGGCGGCUCUUAUCACCAACAUCUGGACCAAGUAUACCGUCAUCGCUAUUCCUGGAUCGCUGGUUAUUUGGUUCAUCUUUCUGCCAGUGUAUGCGACCGUUGCGCCUAUGCUGGGAUUCUCGACCGAGUAUAAAAACAUCCUUCCCGUCGUGCUGUCUGAUCCGAAAUUCUGGCUCAUGGGCCUCGUCGCUCUGCCCGCUCUGUGCUUGCUGAGAGAUUUCGCUUGGAAGUACGCCAAGCGCAUGUACUACCCGCAAGCAUAUCAUCAUGUGCAGGAGAUCCAGAAAUACAAUAUCCAGGAUUACAGACCGAGGUAUGUACCAAUUAGGCAUGCGGCAGGAAGAAGUAGUAUACUGACAACUUGUGCUCUAGGAUGGAGCAAUUUCAAAAGGCCAUUCGGAAGGUACGCCAAGUGCAACGGAUGCGGAAACAGAGAGGGUAUGCAUUCUCGCAGACGGAUGAGAGUCAGGCGAGAGUUCUGCAAGCGUAUGAUACUACGAGGGAGAGAGGACGGUAUGGUGAGAUGGCGAGUAGUCGCCGUUGA